UGGUUAUCUAUGUUGGAAGUGCUGAUUCUGCUUCUCAAUCUGCUCGGAUGGAUCUGCUUUAUGAGUCUAUGCGCCAGACAUAACGAAUUGAAAAGCGAGGGAAGAGGGAUGCCAAGAGGAGCAAGCACGCACGACAGUAAUGUCAAAAGUAGUGAGAGUGGUUCAUCACCAGCAUCAUAUGCAAAUGAAAAUCAGCAGCAUCAUUUCAAAAAGACUCUCACUUGGCAAAAAAAGCGUUUUGGCCGAGAUGACCCGGAAAAGAAGGUGGAUGAGAGGAAGUCCAGCGAUGAAAAAACAGAGCCGAAAAGCAGUAGGAGAGAAAAGAAAGAAGAAAAGGAGAAGGAUGCUAUCAAAGCUGUCAACAAAGUCACUAAAGAAAAAAUCAAAACCGGGAAGUUCGGAAAAGCAAAUAAAGCGAAAGAAUCAGCAGUAAAAACGGAUCAUACUAUAGAGAAGACGCAGAUGGUUGAGUUGAAAUCUACCACAAGCGGAAGAGUGGACGAAGCGAAAACCCAAAUGGAAUUGGCACGACCUAGCUCCAGCAGAUCUACCGAUAUCAACAAAGAUGUAGCAGUACCAGGCGAAACAUUGGCGUUAUUAGCAGCUGCAGAGCAAAUGGCGGAUGACAAAGGCGACUACGACAACUUUGGACCACCUGAAGCUAAAUUAGAAAAAUAG